GGCCGCCCUGCGGCGCCCGGGACAGUCCGGAACCGCGCCCGGAGCCGGCGGCCGAGCUGCCAUGGAGCUGAAUCCAGAGCUGCUGCUGCAGGAGGCCCGCGAGAACGUGGAGGCAGCGCAGAGCUACCGGCGGGAGCUGGGCCAGAGGCUGCAGGGGCUGCGGGAGGCGCGGAGGCAGAUCAAAGAGAGUGCAUCGCAGACAAGAGAUGUCCUCAAACAGCAUUUUAAUGAUUUAAAGGGAACCCUUGGGAAGCUCCUGGAUGAGCGAUUGGUGACCCUUUUGCAAGAGGUGGAUACCAUUGAACAAGAGGCCAUUAAACCACUAGAUGACUGCCAGAAGCUCAUAGAACAUGGAGUUACCACUGCAGAGGACUUGGUCCAAGAAGGUCAAGUUGCCAUUCACGGUGGUGCAGGAGAACAGAAUGAAAAGCUGUGGAGUUUUACCAAAAAGGCCUCACACAUUCAGUUGGACAGCUUACCAGAAGUGCCUUUACUGGUUGAUGUGCCUUGUUUAUCUGCUCAAUUGGAUGACUCAAUUCUUAACAUAGUGAAAGACCACAUUUUUAAGCAUGGAACAGUAGCAUCUCGCCCACCAGUACAGAUAGAAGAACUGAUAGAGAAACCGGGAGGCAUCCUCGUGCGGUGGUGUAAGGUGGAUGACGACUUUACAGCCCAAGAUUACAGACUCCAGUUCCGUAAAUGUACUUCAAAUCAUUUUGAGGAUGUAUAUGUAGGCUCUGAAACUGAAUUCAUAGUAUUACACAUAGACCCCAAUGUUGAUUAUCAGUUCAGAGUCUGCGCCCGAGGAGAUGGCCGACAGGAGUGGAGUCCUUGGAGCGUCCCCCAGAUAGGUCAUUCCACAUUGGUGCCUCAUGAGUGGACAGCUGGCUUUGAGGGGUACAGCCUGAGCAGUCGAAGAAAUAUAGCACUCCGGAAUGAUUCGGAAUCCUCAGGUGUUCUCUACUCCAGCGCUCCAACCUAUUUCUGUGGGCAGACGUUAACAUUCAGAGUUGAAACUGUGGGACAACCAGACAGAAGAGAUAGUAUAGGCGUGUGUGCAGAAAAGCAGAAUGGAUAUGACUCUCUACAGCGGGACCAAGCAGUAUGCAUUAGUACAAAUGGUGCAGUUUUUGUAAAUGGAAAAGAAAUGACUAAUCAGCUGCCUGCCGUUACCACUGGGUCUACUGUCACAUUUGACAUUGAAGCUGUGACUCUAGGAACCACCAAUAAUAAUGAAGGCGGAAACUUCAAGCUUCGAGUAACUAUUAGCUCAAAUAACAGAGAAGUGGUUUUUGAUUGGUUACUUGAUCAAUCUUGUGGCUCUCUUUACUUUGGAUGCUCAUUUUUCUAUCCUGGAUGGAAAGUAUUAGUUUUCUAAAUUUUUGGAUAAUUGGCUUUGGUUUACAGGAUUUUAAGGUAGCUGCUCUCAGCCUAAUUUAGUUGUAAUUGAUAAAAAAUGAAAACAACUGUUAGAUUCACCUCUCAAUUAAGCCAUUGGAAAUGGAAAUGGUUUAUUGGAUUAUUUUGGAAUAUUUUAGCAAUAAGGGACUUGCAUAUUGUGGACAAAAUCAUAAUGCAGUCAUUUUUAUUUUUAGCAUAGUGUUCAUUAAAAUAUCACAUCACAAUAAAAAUCAAAUUGGCUUUUAAAAUAUGAGGAGAUAAAGUCCUAUACCCUCCACUUUACUUUGUAAAGUUGGCUUUAGAACAGAAAAACUAAUGUAACAUUAUUUUCUUAAAUCUCCAUCUUUUAAGGACCCAAGGCCAUGUAAGACUUUAGUAUAAAACAACAGGAAUAGGCCAGGUAGAAGCCCAAGUUCUGUAAUAUAUGUUCAUUUGUUUGCUCUCCACAUGAGUGGUGAGUAUGUUCUUUAUAUUCAGGUAUUUGUAAGUGGUAUUGAAUUUUAUCUUAUGUUCAGUAUUAAAGCCC